AUGGAGGCCACAGGACUCCCACCCGGCUGGGAAGUCCGCCAUUCAAACAGCAAGAAUCUCCCUUACUACUUCAACCCACAAACAAAGGAGUCCAAAUGGGAGCCCCCACCAGAAACCGACAGCGAGACACUCAAGCAUUACAUGGGCCGGUAUCAUACCGCUAACCAACACCAAAACGGCGCAGCUCCAGCUCAGCCAGACCUGGACGGGAAGAUUCGCUGCGCUCAUUUGCUCGUCAAGCACAAGGACUCCAGACGGCCCAGUUCUUGGCGGGAGGCGAAUAUUACGCGGUCCAAGGACGAGGCCUUCAGUAUCAUUAAGAACUACGAAAGCAGGAUCAAGAAUGGGAGUACUAGUCUUGGCGAGUUGGCGACGACGGAGAGUGAUGAUCCCUCAGCUAGGAAGCGGGGAGACCUUGGCUUCUUCGGCCAAGGGGACAUGCAGAAAGAGUUCGAAGAAGCCUCUUUCGUGCUCAAGCCCGGGGAAAUUUCUCCUGUGAUUGAGACGGCGAGUGGGUUGCAUAUCAUCGAGAGUCUUCCGCACCGCCUGCGACGCUGCGCAGAUGACUCCAAACCCGACGCUCAGCCCGUCUACAAGGAGUAUGCCGAACCCAAAGAUAACACGGCACCACUCCCCAACCCGGAUGCGAUGGACGACCCGAACAUCCAUCUCGAAAUUCCAGAGGGAUAUGACCUAGGUCAAUUCAGAGACCUCCUGCGCAGCAACAUAAACGACUGGAGCUGGAACCUCUUCUCGAGCAAACCAAGGAUGAAGAAGAGUCCGCAGGAACGUGUCUACUCUGAUGAUCAACGUGAACGCCUGUUCCAGGAGGACAAGAAAGAACAGGAGAAAGCCUCGCGACCGGCAGACGACGCUGGCAAGUCCAGUCCAGAAAAGCCUACCAAAUCAACAUCUCCAGAACCUGACGAGAAUGACUGGAUCAAGACGAAUGGUCAAGAACAACCCGAGACCAACGCCCAAUUUAAGGGCUUCCCGUCUUUGACAGGUUGGACGAUCCCGAAGCGGACAUCACCGUCCAGCCAAAGCGAUUCCUGA